GAAAGAUAUACCAAUUGAUAACAAUAUAUGAUAAGUAACGGUAAAACGCCAUAGCGUAUAGGACAAUUAUACCUAUAGUUUGUGACAAUGAUGCGUUGGACUGCGAUGGCGAAUAAUUGUAUUCUGUUCAUUCUGGCAAUCUCAGGAUGUCUCGGAGAUCCUUGCCACGUAUCAAAUCAUUCAAAGUUUCCAGAUGAUCGUUUAGGGUCAAGAAAUCUGAACUGUACACCUUCUGACAAUAUUCCACUAUGCGAUUAUUUUCUGAUAGAAGAUUGGUAUGUCAUUGACAAUGCGGUAUUAUCAAAUAAAUGCCCAAAGGACAUAGGAACUUGUGGCGUGACUUAUCCCGUCUUUCUUGAUGGUGAAUUUCCUGAUGUUUCUGAUGGGAUAGUAGGGCGAUCAGCUUGUAUGGUUGAAGGAUCUAACUGUUGCGGCGAGACUAUACAAAUACAAAUUAAAAACUGUUCUGGCUUUUAUGUUUACCACUUAAAGCCAUUAGACAAGUGCUCCAGCGCAUAUUGCUUUGAGUCAACUCUUCCUUGUAUUGAGACGACAACAACCAGUACGACAUUGGCUGACAAAGAUAAUGGCGAUAAUGGAACUGAUGAUAGCGCCGUUCUUAUUGGAACAACAGUUGGCGUCGGGGUGAUUCUUUGUUUAACAACAAUAGUCGUUGCAGUUGUUAUCCUCAAAACUGGUUGGGGGAAAACGCAAACAUCGUCCAGUCAAGUUAUUCCUUCCAAUGUUAAAAAUGUUAACAGUGAAAAAGUACAUGGGAAACUUGCAAGUGAAAAAAACAUUGUUUGAAGCAAAGGCAAAGGCCAAGCAUGGAGAAAAAACUCUGAUAUUUACAGGUAUUAUCUCUAGAUGUUUCAUCAUAUGUUCGUAAUAUCGAGCAAGAUCUUUGUGCACUUCAUGUACAUAUUGUUCAAGAUUGAUGUAAAGAUUCGACUUAUUUUGUCUUUUUAUUCUAUUUAUCCAUCGUAUUGUUUUUUGUUGAUUUGUUUUGUUGUUGUUGUUGUUUUACAGUGCUGUAUGGAAACAUUCCUUGCAUUUUUUUAAAAAAAAAAAACUAGUUUUUAAUAAUUGUUUAGAAUUAUACACCAAUUUGUUACAUCAU